AUGACAUCGGGGGAGAUCUGUUUGGGAUACUUCUGGGUAUAUACUGGCGAACUGCACCCUGUGUCUGCCGUCGACGAGCCUGAGAUUCACCCAGAGCCUGCCCAUCAAGGACCGAGAGCACGACUGGUAUCAGAUCUCGUCGAGGAGAGAGUUGUGCCCAGAUGGAACGAUGUGGACCUGGUCACCAUCUACGCCAUGGCUGCAAAGUAUGAGAUAUCUGCCUUGAUGGAUGCUGCGGUCUCCGAGCUGUGGCUACAGAGUAGAACGAUUCGAGCCACCACUACAGCUGCGGGUAUCAAAGUCGCUUACGCAUCUUGCGCAAAUACGCCACUGACCAGAUUCCUGGAACUGGAAGCAGUGGGCUGGCUCAUCCUCUGUGAGGAGAAUGUGCCACAAGACACGUCGGCCUUCGAUGCAAGGUAUAUCUCCGGGAUUCUCCACCAUUAUAUCAAAUAUGGCAGUAGUCAUCAAUCCAUCAUGCGGAGGGACCAAAACUUUCUCUGUGCUGGACAUACCAGCCCAUGCGUGGGUCGAGUUGCAUGCAAGAAGCUCUGGCGCGAUGUAGCCAUUCCUCGCAAGUUCGACAGGAGUAUUGCACCGCUACUGACAGAUAUCGGGAUCAUUAUCGUUGGACCAGACCGGAAGCCAUUCGCAGUUCACAAAGCUCUCGCAUCCGAGUACAGCGACUACUUUCGGGGUGCAUUCCAAGGUGGAUUUGAAGAGGGCAUGAACGGAGAGAUCACGCUUGUAGACGAGAACCCUGCGAUCAUGGCGAUCCUAAUACAUUGGCUGUAUUCCAAGACCAUCCGAGGACCGACCAUGGACACGCUUCGCGGCUUCGAUGACCUGGAUCACCGACAGCCAAGUAGAGUCGAGGAAGCCACCUCAUCUACGGUCUGGUCCCAGAGAGGACUCCUGGCCCACCGUCAAAGGCGUCCCUAUAUCUACCAGGUCUUCCAAGACGACCUCAUUGACUUGUACAUCUUCGCAGAUCGUCGUGGCGUACGGGGUCUUCAGAACGACAUCAUGACAAACUGCAUUGCGGAUCGCGAGGCCGGACGUCCUCUCUUGACAGCCGACAUCGCUCGCGUCCGUACAGCGUACGCUAACCUGCCAGAAGGCUGUGGCAUGCUGAGGUAUAUGGUCCUCGAAGGCAGUUUCUGGUGGACCAGCGACAUGGGUCCAAUCGAAGACCUGGAAAGCCUUCCAGCUCAGUUCCUUGGUCCGGUCAUGAAUAACAUGAUGAUGCUCAUGAGCGCGCAGCAUUAUCCGUCACUGGGUCCCCCAGGUGUGUGUCAACAAUUACACGACCAUAGCAGCGAGGGUGCCCGCCAAUCCUGUCGCGAGUCAUUGAAGUCGGUUGUGCGGGAGGCGGAGACUCUGAAACGCCGGAGGCGUGAAUGA